AUGGUGGCUUUACCUGGGAAUGUGCAGAAUGCCCGGUGCUUCCGGGUGCUUCGGCACAGUUGGGCACUGCUCGGCAUUUUCGGAGCGGGCUGGGUCCGCUGGGCCUUCUGCGGGUCGCUGGGGGCCUUGUGCAGCUCACAGGGUGGGCCACGCAGGGCGCUGCAUGCGAAGAAGUCCAGUGAGGCGUCUCUACCAGAUUCAGAUGUUUGGGAGUUGCGGAGAGAUCAGAUGAUUCUUCCUGCUACGAGAGUGACGAGUGCUGAAGGCAAAGCAGGCAGCGGCUUUGUCCUCUCAGACUCCUCGAAUGGAACAUAUGUUCUGACCUGCCAUCACCUAGUCAGAGAUUGCAUCAGACAGAGUGAUCGCUGGGAUCCUUCAGAGAAGUCCUCCAAGAAGGUGGAGCAGCUCCUGCCAUGCACUGUUGAGACCUUCCGCUACGACCCGAAUGGGCGGCAUUUGCAAACUGUGAAAACCUCUGCAGAAAUCGUGGCCUACUGUUUAUACGGGGAUGAAUGGACCUUUGAGGGAGACCUGGCGCUGUUGAAGCUGAAGGCGCCCGUGGAGAUCCCUGCAGUGCAUCUCAUCUCGGAAGAGGACUUCCUCAAGGAGGUGCCCAAAAAGAGCACAGGAUGA